CUACCGUGUGACGAGGUUGGGCUGCUGCUGUCCUCCCUCUUUCGCUCAGAGUUUCAUCUGCUCAGCUGGACUUUGCCGAACAUUUACACCCGCUCUGGACUUGUGGAAGGCUUUGGUACCUGCUGUGUGUCUGAGCUCCUCCUCGAUUGAAAUCUCCAAAUGCUUGUGUCCUCUAUAAUGUGUCUCACAGUGAUGGAGAAGGUCUGGGGUGGGCACUGCCCUCAGUCAGGUGUGCUAUGAGCUUUUGGAUUACUCCAGCUGUGCCAUAAUACACCCAGUUCAUCGGUUUCAGCCUGUGCCCCAUGGCCUCCGGUUACCCUCCCCCAUUCGAAGGCUCAGCUGAGGUCAAGGAGGGCUUUCUUUGCCCCCUGUGUCUGAAAGACCUGCAGUCCUUCUACCAGCUGCAGGACCACUAUGAGGAGGAGCACUCUGGAGACAACCGCCAUGUUGGUGGACAAAUAAAGAGCUUGGUACAGAAGGCAAUAAAGGCCAAAGACAAGCUCCUGAAGCGGGAUGGAGAUGAGAGGACAGAGACCAGCUAUGAAUCUUUCUACUAUGGGGGAGUGGACCCCUACAUGUGGGAGCCUCAGGAACUGGGAGCCACUCGGAGUCACCUGGAUCUUUUUAAGAAACACAGAGCUGCUAGGAUUGACCAUUACGUCAUCGAAGUCAACAAACGCAUCAUUAGACUGGAAAAGCUUACUUCCUUCGACAGAACCAACAUGGAUGCUGGGAAGAUAAGAGCAUUGGAGAAGUCAGUGGUGCCGUGGGUGAGUGAUCAGGACGUACCGUUCUGCCCAGACUGCGGAGCCAAGUUCAACAUCAGAAACCGGCGCCAUCACUGCCGUCUCUGUGGCUCCAUCAUGUGUAGGAAGUGCAUGGAGUUUGUGCCCCUCCCGCUGGCAUAUAAGUUAACCAGCAGCACUCGAGAGGCGCUGUGUGUGCCGGGCAGUCCAGGGAAGGCUGGGUCUCCUGGAGCAGGAGGUCCUGUAGUGCAGCAGCAGCAGCUUCCACGCCGUGGUUCCAUAAGCAGCCUCUCUUCAGUCAGCUCUGUGCUGGAGGAGAAGGAUGAAGACCGUAUCCGCUGCUGCAGCCACUGUAUGGACGCACUGCUCCGUCACCAGCACAAACUGGAGGAGAAAGACCACGUGCCUGACAUCGUCAAACUGUACGAGAGGUUGAGGAUGUGUAUGGAGAAGGUGGACGAGAAGGCUCCAGAGUACAUCCGCAUGGCCGAGUCGCUUAAUGCUGGUGAGACGAGCUAUAACCUGGAAACUGCUGGUGGUCUUAGGCUGGAGGUGCAGAAAUACUAUGAGCACAUUGAUGCUUUGAGUAAGAAGAUUCUAACACUAGGACUAAAAGAUGAGGUCCAGCCCCACCCGAAGACUCUCCAGCUGCAGAGGAUGGUGCGCUACUCAGCAACAUUAUUUGUACAGGAGAAGCUGUUGGGUCUAAUGUCUCUUCCGACAAAAGAGAAAUAUGAAGAACUGAAAGAGAAGAGGAGGGAGGAGCAGGAGAAGAGGAUCCAACAGGAGAGACAGGCAGCUCUGGAGGCACAAAAGCGGCGUUCUGAAAUCGAGAAGAACCGCCCAAUCCUCAGUGCUAACGGAGACGCCCCCCGGCCUGCCCAGGGCCCUCGCAUGACCAAAGCUGGGGGCUGGCUGCCCUCUUCGGAUGCUGUCCACUCACGCAGUCGUGAACUGGACGACCCUUUGCUGCAGCAGAUCGACAACAUCGAGUCGUUUCUGCGGCAGGCACGGGCAGCCAAUCGCACCGAUGAGAUUGCUAUGCUGGAGGAGAACCUGCGGCAACUGCAGGACGAAUUUGAUGCUCAGCAGACCACCCGGGCCAUUGAGCUCUCUCAGCGGCUGGCCGAGGAGGAAAGCUUGCAGCAGAGCCAACUCCAGUACUUGGAGCAGAGGGAACUGGAGAGCAAAAUGCACACCAGAGAGCGCUCUUUGGAUUUCGGAGAAGGAAAGAGCGCAAAAGAAUGUGGGGUGACGGAAAGCGACUCCAGAGAAGAUUUGAAUGUAAGCCCAGUGCUUAGUCCACUGCUUAAGACUCAGUCAAUAAAGUCUUUCCCACGAUUACCUGGGAAUUCGCCACCACUGCAGAGAGACGAGCGUACACCAACUCCCCCUGCUGGAGAGACGCUGAACAGCAGCACCACUGCUUCCCUAAAUCCAUUUGAUGAAGAAGAUGCCACUCCAAUUGAGGAAGACCCAAUGAACCCUUUCAGCGAGGAGAUCCAGAAAGAACAUAGCCAAGCGUCUAGCAGAAAAAACAAAGAGUACAACCCUUUUGAGGAUGAGGAGAAAGAAGGGAAAGAAAGUGCACCCAGAAACCCCUUUGAAGACGAUAUUGACGACGAUGACAAAGGUAACCCCUUCAAAGAGACGUCAAACGAGACUCCAUCUGCCUCAACCAAUCCCUUCGAUGAAGAUGAUGAUGGCCCGGCAAUGGACGACAUAAUCGAGGAAGAGUUGCUGCUCCAGCAGAUCGAUAACAUCCGUGCAUACAUAUUUGAUGCCAAGCUGAGCGGACGCACAGACGAAGUGGAGGUAUUGUCACAAAACCUGAAGGAGCUACAGAGCACCCUACGGGAGCAAAAGAGAAAAACGCACUGACCACCGUCCACAAACCUUCUCUUUUUCAGUCUCACUUCUGUUGUGGUCAAAUGUCAAGAGAAUACUGGAACGAAGGACACAUUUAAAGCAUCUUUAAAUGUCUUGCCAUUUUUCUCUGCUGAUAUGCGCACACAAAACAGCAGACUAGAGCUUCCCUCAUAGGAGUGUGCUGACAGAAGCACAAAGGCAUGGACUUACAAAUGAGCACUUCUUUGAAGCUUUUCAGUAGAGGCAUAUAGGGUUGGAGAAAACAAGACUCAGUUGUUAACAGCUAUACCUGGAGAAUUUCUGAUCUGCAUACACGAACAAACCAUUAUGUCUUUGUAGUUUAUGUCUUGGUUAUUUUAGGUAACGUCUAAGGUUCCAAUAUUGUUUAGUAAUAUGGAAGAAACAGCCUAACACUUGGGAUCCAAACAAGCACCUCAACUGAAAUGUCCUGCACUUUUAGCACAGGGACAAUACAAAUGACAAAUUCAUAUCUCUUAUAUUCAAGGCACGAAAAUGCUAAGUUUCAUUAUACCUAUUAUAAUGACACUUAGCCUUUUAUUAAAUUACUUUCCAACAAGAGUUUCAAUAGACUGAGCAUGACACUUCUGUCAACAUGUGAAAACUGACUUUAGUUCUAAAGAUUUGAUGAAAAACAACCAUCAACAUCACGAGAAUUUAAAAAUAAGUGUAGUAAUAACUGUGUUCAUUACUCCAUGUAAAGUCAGGUUAAUAGACAAUUUUUAAAAAUCCAAAAAAGAAGGUAGGCUAGUACAGGCAUUUGGAAAGAGAAAGCAUUCAGAAGAGGGAAAUAUCAUGGAAGUUUAAUAAUGGACUGGAGACACCAGUGAUACAAGAACAGUUUUAAAACAGUUAAUUUGUCUACUAGCCUACUUGUUUUCCUCAGCAUGGCCAUGCAGUUGCAAAGCAUGUCUGAUGUCUCUGCACACAGAUAUAGGAAUGUAUCUCUUGCAUUACUACAACACUUUUACAGGUAGUUUGUAUACAUUAAUUGAAAUCAACACAAAAAAUCCACCACUGAAGAACUGUUGCUGAUUUCUUUGCAGCCGAAUUGGCGUUUUCUGUUAACCUGAAGCUCACACUGUGUGGGCUAAAUGAAACUAAAGCUGAACUAUUACAUUUUUUUGUUGUGGUUGUUCUUAAAAGAGGAAUUUGAAAACAUAAGCUGCAUUUUAAUUCCAACAAUAUUAACAAUUGAGCCCCUGCAACGAAAAACCAUAUCAACCAUUUCACCCUUUUUUUGGAUUGUCAUUUGUUUUAUUGUCUAUUUUAUACUGUACAGCCUUUUACAUUAAAAGCCAAACUGUUUUCUUUACAUUUUUGAUGACUGCUUUAUUUUAAAUAUAGGGCAUCAAGCAGUGCCAUACCAUGCUUGAACGAAUUUUACCAAAAAAUUCACAUACACUGUUUUUCGUUGCAAAGCCUCAAUUGUCACGUUUUACGUUUUAGGAAAUUUAACUGGAAGUCUGGUACACUUCAGCAUUCAGGCAUCAAGCCUAAAUUGUAUGUGCUGGCCAAAAAAAGGCCUGGAGCUGAAUUUAAAGAAAAUCACAUUUGAUUGCAAUAUUAAUCAUAAAUGUCACAAUUGGAUUUUUUUCAACAAAUCAUUCAACCCUACAUAAAACACACUAGCACAUUCCAGAUAUAGCAGCAUUCAAAUACAGCAUGAAUAAACUCACCUGCUGUUUUUUACAUCAGAUCAGGCACCCCUAAUGAACGUAUCUUGGUAGAAUUACAACAAAAAAAAAAA